GCCGUCUUGCCAACACACGCACCACCUCCUCUGAGUGAAACAUGGUCUCGAACUUUGUCAAAGCUACUGCGCUAGCCGUCUCUGUGCUAGCUACUACUACCGAGGCGCAUAACAAGAUGACAGUGCCCGUGCCGACCUGGCCCGAAGGUGUCUACAACCAGAACAGCCCGUCCGGCAUCAUCGAUCCAUCGGACGUGCUGCCUGUUCCGAGCGGUAUGUCGUACACCACCGACCCGGGCUCCAAUACCAAAGCGUACUGGACGGCGUUCAACGCCAGCAAGUACAAAUCGCUUAAGGAGCUGUCGUGGGACUCUCAGAAGCUAGAGGGAAGCGCUUCAAACGAGUGCGGUUUCUCGCUGGUCGACGGUACGCCUCGCGACCUACCGGACGAGGUGCAAUGGGACUUUUUCACGGCGUCCCACCAAGGCCCAUGUGAGGUCUGGUGCGACGACACGCUAGUGUUCGAGAACUGGAACUGCGCUGUCGACUACCCCGAGACGCCGGCCAACUUGCCAUACGACAAGGCUAAAUGCAAGGGUGCGGCGAUGCUGACAUCGUACUGGAUCGCGCUACACACGACUCCGUGGCAGGUGUACACCAACUGCGCGCCGCUGACGGGUGCGUCGUCGUCAUCUAACACGAGCCAGACCGCUACCACCCCCACUGUCACCUCUCCUACCCAAACAGAGGCUAGUGCGGAGGAGGAGGAGGCUCCCUCGAGUGACGCAGAGCAGGAGGAGAAUUCUUCCACGGAUGACGAGGCUAGCACGGACGCGGAGGACGAUGUCACUGAAGCUCCCCCUGCCACAGCUGCUCCGUCGGUUGAUAAGUGCUCGGUGCGCCGUCGCCGUCACUAA